AUGGCCAUUACCGAAGUCCCCCAGACGGUGCAAUGGCACGGCCAAAAUGUGCCCGUCUACCCGAUGGAGACGGUGGACUUCAGCCGGAUCCUGUCGCAGGAGCCAGACGAAAUUGCGCGGCUGCUCAAGUGCUGCCAGACGUCGGGGUUCUUCUACCUGGACCUCAACACGAUUGACGGGCGGCGGUUUCUGCGCGACCAGCAGGCGACGCUGGGGUUGAUGGGCCGGUUCUUCUCGGCGCCGCUAGAGGCCAAGAACGAGUUCGGGCUGGUGUCGCCGCACCUGGGCUACGAGCCGGUGGGCUGCCGCAACGGUGUCUUCCCCGACCGGCGCGACGGCUACGAGAUGAUCAAGGUAUCGCGCGACGAGAUGCAGCGGGCGAGCAACCGGCGCAAGCUGCCGGCAGUGAUCAGCAGCGAGAGCGACGUGCAGGUGCUCGAGGACGCGAUCGCGGGCGCCAACAUUGUGACCAAGACGAUGCUGGCGGCCCUGUCGACAGCGAUGGGCCUGACGGGUGCCGAGCGGUUUGAGAGCCGCCACCGCAACGACCGGCCGUCGACCAGCACGCUGGCGAUGAUGCACUACGUGCCGUCAGACCCGACCGACCCGGCCAACGAGACGGUCGGUCACCAGAAGCACACCGACAUCAGCUCGCUGACCCUGCUCUUCAGCGAGCAGUGGGGACUGCAGAUCCGGCCGCCGGGCGCCCGCGAGUUCGGCUUCGUGGCCCCGCGGCCCGGCACGGCUGUCGUCAAUGUCGGCGACUCGCUGCGCUUUGCCAGCGGCCACACCAUGAUGUCGUGCAUCCACCGGGUCGUGCCCUUUGACCCGACCGAGCACCGCUACUCGAUCGCGUACUUUCUGCGCGCCGAGAACGACAGCAUGUUUGUCGACAGCGAGGGCCGCUACAUCACGGCCGGCCAGUGGCACGACGAGAAGUUUUACGUCUUCAAGGCCGCGCCCGAAAUCCAGGCGGCUGCCCCGCCCUCUAUGCUGUUUGGUGGCAUGCGCGUGGACGACGACGAGACGCCGCUGCCGCUGAUGGCCGGCGAGCCCAAGCCGGUGGUUGUGCGAUGA